AUGCAGUCGCCGGAGUCCUCCUCCUCCGCCGCGCCGGUCCUCCUCAACAUCGGGGGGACGAAGUACGCGACCACCGCCGAGACGCUCACGCAGCGGGAGCCCGACUCCAUGCUCGCCGCCAUGUUCAGCGGCAGGCACACGCUCCCGCACCACCCCACCACGGGGGCGGUGUUCGUGGACAGGGAUGGGAAGCAUUUUAGGCACAUCCUCAAUUGGCUAAGGGACGGUGCCAUCCCCACGCUCUCAGAAUCCGGGUACCACCAACUCCUGCGAGAAGCGGAGUACUACCAGUUGCUCGGUUUGGCUGAUUACAUAAAUGAGAAAUUGGCUUUGAAAAAGACUGACAAUUUGUGCGAGGCCGAAUUGACACGCAAAGAUGUGAUCAAGUGCAUUCAAGCCCAGAAAAUCAGAUUUCGUGGCCUGAAUCUAUCCGGCCUUGAUCUAUCUAAGCUUGACUUAUCAGAGGUGGACUUCAGCUAUGCGUGCAUCGAGAGAACCAACUUUUCGUGUGCUAAUCUUCAUAAAGCGAAGUUUAGGCUGGUGGAAGCUGCACAUUCUUCAUUUGAACAGGCAAAUUUACAUGAGUGUGAGCUUACUGGAGCAAAUCUUCAAGAAGCUGUCCUAGACAGAGCAAACGUUCAAAGCGCAAACCUGCAAGAUGCAUGCUUAACGGGAUGUAGCUUCAUUGAGACAGAUGUCCGUUCAGCCCAUUUACAGAAUGCUAAUCUUACGGGUGCCGAUUUGAAUGGAGCUAACCUUGAAGGGGCCAAUCUCAAGGGGGCUAAGUUGUCAGGUGCAAACUUGCAAGGGGCAAAUCUUCAGCGAGCCUACUUGAGAGAAGUUGAUUUGCGUGAAACUGAUUUAACCGGUGCUAAGCUUGGAGGAGCAAAUCUUCUUGGAGCUAUCAGAUAG